CUUCUUGUGGGAGUCAUGAAUCCAGGAAAAGGUAUUUUUAAACAAGCCCCGCUCUGCAUGUUCACUAAAGACGCGUUGCGUGCCUAUCUUAUUCUAGACUUCCACCGUGACUCGGACGCUAUCAAGGCCGUGUACAAUGAGGUGGUUGAAGAAGGAAUGGAGAUGAAUGCACAUUUCCAUGAGAUGUAUAAUCAUAUUAUGAUCAAAUAUUCUGAGAGAUUACCUUCCAGUGAAUAUAAUCAAACAGCGUCAGCCACCCAGACUGAAAUUGAUGUGGAUGACGAAUCUGACUUUUCAAGUGACGAAGAAGGAGCCCAUAUUCAGGAGUUUGAGAGGGAAACGCCCGACUCUGAAGACUCUAAUAAAGACAAUGUCGAGAUGAAUGACCCCAAGUGAUUUUGGACGAGCAAUGGAAUUUUCAGGAUCGUCUGACCGCUAGAUGCUGAAAAUAGCCUUCAGCUUGCCCAAAAGUUUUGAAGACGUCCUUUGACGAGUACCUGUCUUUUUCAUCGAAUUUCAAAAGGUUCAGUGUUAAAAGCGGUUACUGCUAAUUCUGGACUACGCAAAGAAAGUAUUACUUUGAGGACUUCACUCUUACAGGACUUCGUUUUAAUACACUAACUUUUGCCCUAGUUGUGUGGGAAUAUUUUUUUAAGCCAACACACAAAUGGACACUUGUAGUAUUUGCGUUUCAGAGCCCCAGUAAUUAAAUUAUUUUGAUUAAAAAGCAGAAUGAACAUAUUGUCGUAGGGCUUGCUAGUUAUCGUCUUUGCAUCAAAUUGAACUUUCACUACCAAGUGCUAUGAAGGGGCUGUGAUGCAGUAGUUACAGCGCAUACGUAACGAAGUCUUUUAUCAGCUGUGCGUUCAAUAUAAAUGUUACCCCUUCUGUAUUGAAAAAGCAAUAAAGCGCUUUUAAAUAAAGUGA